AUGCAGCGUUCUUCUCGUACAGGCCAGUUGCAAUACGAUCCUGAGAUCGAGAAGACUGCUAAAAGGUUGAGAAAAGAAACUAAAUUGCGCAAAAAUCAAGGCCUGUCAUCAACAUCCCUUCAAUCAAAUACCACAACUGAAUCAACUGCCUCUUGUUGCAAUCCCGAAGUAGAGCAAGCAAUGGCCGAAGAACAAAGGACCUUGCGGGAGCUUUCGGCACCAAAUGUGAAUCAACAACUACUUUGUAUUCAACAUCCUGCAUUAGAGGUUGGUUUUGAAUUAAGGUCAGAUUUGAUUCAAUUACUUCCAACUUUUCGUGGACUUGAAAAUGAAGAUCCACAUAAGCACCUAAAGGAGUUCCAUGUGGUGUGUUCGAGCUUCAAACCACAAGGAGUGACGGAGGAGCAAAUUAAAUUGCGUGCUUUCCCAUUUUCAUUAGCCGAGAAAGCAAAGGAUUGGUUAUUUUACCUCCCUCCUAGCACAAUAACCACAUGGGCGGAUAUGGUAACACUAUUUCUUGAAAAGUUUUUUCCAGCUUCACGAGCAGCUAGCAUUAGAAGAGAAAUAUGUGGCAUUAAGCAAAGAGACGUAGAGACCCUCCACGAAUACUGGGAACGCUUCAAGCAACUGUGUGCAAGUUGCCCCCAACAUGGAGUUUCUGAACAACUCCUUAUUCAAUACUUCUAUGAAGGAUUGCUGCUCAUGGAAAGAAAUAUGAUGGAUGCAGCUAGUGGAGGUGCUAUAGUGAACAAAACUCCUCGUGAAGCUAGAGAUUUGAUAUCCAUCAUGGCUGCUAAUUCACAACAAUUUGGAUGUAGACAAGACACAUCUCCAAGAAGAGUGAAUGAGGUAAAUAUUUCUUCCCUUGACAAUAAAUUAUCUCAAUUAACUACUCUUGUUCAACAAUUAGUUGUAAGAAAUGUGCAACAAGUAAAAGCUUGUGGAAUUUGUGCUGUUACUGGCCAUCCAACUGACAUGUGCCCGACGCUUCAAUACAACUCUUGUGAGGAUGUCAAUGCAGUUGGAGGAUUUCCGGGACAACCACAAAGAAAUUAUGAUCCCUACUCAAAUACAUACAACCCCGGAUGGAGGAGGGAUCAUCCUAAUUUUAGCUAUAAAGCACGCCCACAAUUUCAACAAUAUCAGCAUGUUCCACAACAACAACCUUCAUCCUGA